AUGUCAUGUGUAAAAGCGAAGAAAAUUAGAAAUAUAUUCGAUAUUAGUAACCUUGGAAAAAAUGUCUGCGAAUAUUACUGUACUGACGAAUACGAAACACAACGCACAAGGAACCCAUAUGCAGCGAACUAUCCGGUUUGGGGCGUGCGUUGCCAUGGGCAACACAUGCUGUUGUUAUUUGCGUUCAUUCGAUCAGACUGGAAAGGAGGUUUCACACAAUAUUUUGCCACCAUGGGCGACAGCAGGAGUGUAACAAUAACACGUAAAGAUAUCAUCACCCUCGAAGCACGCUGUUUGGAGCAAAUUCGUGAGGAUGUGUUGUACGCGGUCCGAAACGAUGCAAAGCUGCGAGCGGUAUUGACGUCGAAAAAUUACGAUGAUUUCAAGAACAUCGUCGACGCUGCCCACCUAACGCCACUGAGCACCAGCGACAAGCGGAACGCGAAAACAAAGAACCGAAUUUGGAACAACAGUACCAUGCGCGAUUAAUGGUUCCACUGAAUAAAGCAUGCCAUUUGCCUUGGCUACGUUAACCUAACCCGA